AUGACUAUGUUUGAUGAGUACGCUAAUGCGUGCGGGGUGGGUGUUGCUUAUCCAUUUCUUAAGGACAUCGAUCCUGCCCGUCCGCCAUCAACAAUUGUGAUCCCGCUGAAAGACCUUGACGCCAUGGGCAACAUGGAACGCCAGUAUUGGGAAAUCAAAGCGAACCAUUACAACGUUCUUAUAUUCUUUAAGAAGGGUAAAUUUUAUGAACUGUAUGAUCAUGACGCGACGGUGGCAUCUCGUGAGUUUGGCCUCAAGAUGGUUGUGGAUACCAGCAGCCGAGGCAAAAUGCGCCUGGCCGGUGUUCCAGAGCAAAGUUUUAGUGAAUGGGCUCGCCUCUUUGUAUGCCGUGGGUUUAAGGUUGGGCGUGUGGAGCAGCUUCACGAGGAUGACUCCAGUGUCGUUAGUGGCGCACACAAGGCGAAGGUCAUACGCCGUGAGCUGGUGGAGAUACUCACGCCAGGAACUAUCACGGAUCCUGCCAUGCUCUCCGAUCACAAGGCCAUUUUUGUAUUGGCUGUGUCCCCUGCGCUCCUUAACUUGGGUGUCAUUGAUUGUCUUGCUGUGGAUAUGUCCAGACGUAUUGUGCAUUGGUGCCCUUGUGGUAAUUCUGAUGCAAUUCAGGCUCUGUGUGGUGGUCAAGGGUUUGGUGGAGUUUGCCGAGGGGGGAAAAUUUCCGACUCUGCGUUUCGAGUGAAGUGCGAGCCCCAGGGACGCUUAUGCCCAGAGGGAGCACUGCGGGCCUUAUCAGCCCUUCUUCAGCAACUUGAUCCUAGGGAAAUAAUUGUUCCUGAGAAGGUUUCUGAUGUGGAGGAAUCUUCUGUAGCUAGCCGUGCAAAUUUGGCUUCAGACUUCCUGUGGACAUGGAUGGAGGGUGAGGGCUACCCUGUGGAGCACAUCCCAGUUCCUGUGCUGCUGACUCCUGAGAGGGCAUUGCUUGGGGUUGACUCACCUGCACGAAUGCUCAUGGGAACUUACUUUCGAAUGCUUAAGAAAGAGCGAGAGCAACCACUCCUGGAUGAGGCACAGCUGUACACGGCCCACCUCUCAGCUCUUGGCCACGCCGAGGUUGCCACAGAUGAAGGGUGCGCUGGCAAGCUUUUGUCUGGUACUUCGGUACGAGAACUUGGGUUGAUGUCCUGGGAGCGCCGAUAUGAUCAUGGCCUUGUAUUAGAUGAGUGCACAGUUCGAAAUCUUGAGAUUGUGGCAAACCAGCAGGAUGGCGAAGAAACACAUUCUCUGUGCCAGACUCUCAACCAUUGUAUUACCAGUGGUGGGAAGCGACUGUUCCGGUCAUGGGUGCUUCGACCGUCUUCAGAGGCUGCUGUUAUCCAGGGAAGACAAGAGGUAGUUCGUUUCUUAGUGGAGGAUGGGCUGCACAAGGAGGUCUGGUUAAAUGACUCUGCAGUCUCCUUGACUAGCCCUCCGAAUUCUCAAUUGAGUGCUUUCAUCGUAGAGAGCGCGUCAUCGUGUGGUACCCAGUACAAUUCAGUUUCUCCAAACGCCUCACCAGGGGUUUCAACAGUGUCUCCGGCGGUGUGCAAGCGAGCGCGCUUAGACCUCACAAGCAGCUACCCACACUUGGUCAGUGUCGACUUUGAGCGCAACCUCUCUCGCCUUGUGGAAAUGAAGACCGAUCAAGAGUUUAGCGUUUCUUAUGUAGACCCAUUGGUGCACUAUCGCAAAAAUCUCCUUAUUAUUGCUUCUACUGUGAGGGCUUUUAGAGAACUGAUGGACUGGAGCCACUAUUUCGACUCGGCUUGUCGAAAGCGGCGACCCACUGGGGCGGUGCCACGCUUGCUAAGCGAGCUCCUCCACGAGAUUCAGGCAGCAGCUCCGACUGUGUGUGCGAUAGAAGGACUCUUCGAUCAGCAGUCUGUGAAGGAAGCUGGGUUGUUGAUUCCGUCCAGAGGCACCUCAUCUGAGUAUGACAAGGCUGUUGACAGGCUUGCAUCUGUAGAGGCAAAGCUUCACGAAGCACGGCGAAAAGCACAGCAGGACCUGUUCGCGAAUGCCCCGGUUAACUUUAGUGUCUUAGGAAAGGACCAGUUCCUGCUGGAAGUGGCUUCCACAGAUGCUCCGAAGUUGACACCACGCGGCUUGGUGGAGCGCGCACGCAGCGCCAAGAAUGUUAAGUAUUCCAUGGAGGUGUUAGGACCGUUGGUGGAGGCACAUAAAGAGGCUACUGCAUCGAAAUCUGCGGCCCUGUAUGGCGUUUUGCGUCGUGUGGCCGCACAAAUCUGCGAGUGGUUUCCUGUUCUUUACAAUGCAUCCAGUGCGCUUUCUUACUUCGACUGCCUCGUGAAUCUUGCCAAUCUAUGGAGCCGCUAUCCGAGGAUGUGCUUCCCACAGCUCGUCGUUCCUCUUUGCAGCGAUGCGAUAGACAGUCGGCCGGACAUUGGUGUGGGCUCCAUUGAAGCAGGAGACAUAGCGCGUCCCGCGGUCGGUAGAAGCGCUUUCCUGCGUGCGAGUGAUUUGGUGCACCCGACGCUUGUGCCUGAAAACGCGGUGCCCAAUUCCAUCGCUCUGGACGAUGAGGCCGGGAGGCUUCUUGUCCUCACGGGCCCUAACAUGGCUGGUAAGAGCACACUUAUGCGCACAAUAGCUGUGAAUGUAAUCUUGGCUCAGAUGGGCGCCCCCAUACUGGGCAGCGCCAUGACAUUUUCACCGAUACAUCGAAUCUUUACUCGUAUCGGGGCACGUGACGCGUCACACAAAGGCCAGAGUACGCUCUAUGUCGAGCUCAAUGAAACCGCCGAGAUCCUGCGCAGCGCCGACGGGCAAAGCCUCUGCCUCAUUGACGAGCUGGGGAGGGGAACCUCUACCCACGAUGGGCUUGCCAUCGCGCAUGCUUCGUUGCAGGCGCUUAAGGAAGACAUCGACCCACCGCCACUUACGUUGUUUUCUACUCAUUACCACGCGCUGGCGCUCGAGCAGGAGCGUUGCAGUCGCGCAGCGGUUCUACAGUCCCGCAGCCAAGGUUACAACACUUCUUCUUGCGAUAUUGAGAGUCCUAGUAAGAUAAAAAAGGUUCAACUAGGUUACAUGGACUUUGCCUUCGGUAGUGUUGGUAGCGAGAGCUUAAAACAGACAAACUCGUUAGAAUCAUCGUUUAUAAAUAACAAGAAUUGUGAGAGGAGUGAGAACAGUUGUCAUGUCGUGCCCUCUCCCACGUUUCUCUAUCGACUAGUGCCGGGUGUAUGCGCGAGGAGUUAUGGCGUUGAGGUCGCUGUGAUGGCGGGAAUAGCGCCCCACUUAGUACACUUGGCCAAGUAUAAGUCUGAGGAGCUUGCGCGUUUUACUGCACUCCAUGAGGAUAUAGACAGCAUACGAAAUUUUUUAAGCUUACAACACGCUACAGGACACGAGUUCACUAAUCAACAUGCUGAUGACAGCUGCUGGAAGCAAUUACGUGAUUGA